ACCCACGGCAAGCUAAUACUCAACUCAGAACCUCCGGCCUCACUUCCUGUCCGCCUGGCACCAAGGUCCCCCCGGGAAGGCGAGCAGGAGUUUUAUUUACGUCUCACAUGGCUUACUUACUCUCAUUAUGUCUGCUAUAUUUGGGUAAUACCAGCGCGAAGCCAUUUAAAGGCGCCACCGCAGGAAGUAUGCUGUCCAGAGGAAAAACAAGGAACGGCUCACGUGUGAGUCCGUGUUACCUUGUUUGUGUCUAAUAUGUGUAAUUUUCUAUGUUUACAUCGACUAUAUUGGGUAAUGCAAAUGUAAAGAUGACCGUAGGGGUGCUAUAUCAGGUCUAGAGGGCUCUAAUAACACGCUAUCAUCACGCUAGCCUGUUACUACAUGCUCACAGCAUGGAUAUAAAACCAUAAACCCUUGUUGGAGCCCUUCUGGGCGGAAUACGUGUGUCCCAUUACGUGCAUUAAUCACCUGCCUCUUUUUAUCUGUUUUUAUAUCUUUAGAAGGCACAGAAAAGAAAAACGUGUGUUUGUGUCUCACAUAAGGAUUGUGAUGAUGAUGGGCAACAAUCCAACAAAAAGUGCACUUAUCCUUAAAGUGUUUCAAACGGAGUGGGAAAGAAGGACAAAGAGGCCAGAAACUUACUACUACCACACGGAAUGAGAGGAGAACAUUUUUUUUUUGUCCACUUGAUGUCAGCCAUGGCAUGUGGGCUGGGCUCUGCUGGCUCGGUAGCCAGUCUCCAUGCCGUGUGAAAGGUAAUGUAAUGUAACAUUACUGAUGCCUGCUGACCACAAUACUUCAUAGAACUUGUCUUUCUAUAUAUUUGGACUAAUGAUUGGCCAUAGUCAACCACCAAACAGCCAUCAUUUAUUCAGUCAUUAUUUUUUUUAACUUUUGUACUCCUGUUUCUGCCCUGCUGGGCGAGAUGCUCCCGCAAAGCAGACGGAAGCAAUGCGCCGUUCGUUACUGAGCGCGUGUAAAAAAGCAGGUGUACUAUCGACAGGACUGUUCAUGUACGCCGGUGUGACCGCAGAGGGCGCUGUUGCAACAUUCUCCAACACACCGCGAACAUGAACGAUGCAGAGUGGCGUCCUCAUCUGGCAGACUGUCAGGACGCGUCCCUUGUUACCAUGGCGACGCGCGUUAUCGCCUACCACUUGUCAUGUGACUCCUUGGAGCGCAUUUGUUUGGCAGCGACCUCUGGUGGCCUCCACAUCUCUUGGUAAAAGUUUCUAUUUGAUGAAUGUUAAAACCACAAUGUGCGUGGGUGUGUGUGUGUGUGUCCGAGUCACAUGUUUGUCAGGAAAACACACAAUCAUGCAGCCUCCUCCCUACAUGCACGCCCACACCGCAAACUCAGGAAUGUUCACGAGCACGGCAGCGUUAUUUUGGUCUCAGACACACACGCACACGCACACGCACAUGGUGAUGGAGUGGGAGUGAAUCCGUGCUUUCAUUGUUGGAAAAUUCAUUUUUCUGCAUUUGAUUUCUUCUAAACUUUAGUACAACGUUCUUUCGUUUCUCUCCCCGCUGUCUCUCGCACGUGUGUGCGCGCUCAGAUGUUAGCAUCAUCUGCUGUAGCGAGUGAGCUAGCACAAGGCAUUCCAUAGCGUACAGUCAUGUGACCUCAUGGUGAGGAAAACAGGAAGUGCUGGUUAUAUUUUGGUGACUGAAUGUUCCGGAAGGUUGUGGUUCUGACGGGUCGACUUUGUUGGCGUUCCAUCCCAGCCAGAAGGCAAAGAUGAAAACAGGAAGUAGAAACCUGCUCUCAGCUCUGCUUUACGUGAUUUCCAUUUUCCAUGAAGAGCUGACCUCUCACCCCGGCCAGAUGACGUCACAACGCAGGCUGUGUCCCGCCAGUCGCACAACACUCCAAAUGUCAUCUUUCAUGAGAUGGAGCUGGACACGCCCCCGGGGGCGUGACCCCGGCGAGGAGGCGCUGCGUGGUCAAAGACGAUCGUGAAGCAGAGCUGACCGGAAGCCAAAACAGUCAACAACAACUUUCCGCAACGAAGACAAAAGAAUCCAUGUCGUGCGGGCGACGCACGGCCUCGCAGCUGAUUGGACGAGAUCGUAAAAGGAAGUAGCACAUGCCCCCUUAGUGCCACACCCCCUGCCACCAGGGUCAGAGAUCAUCCAAAAUCAAGAUGGCGCCUUGCCGCCUGCUGCUGCUUCUUAUCUUUCUACUUCCUGUCUCUGGGAGACGCCCCGACGACUCGGACUCAGUCUCCACGGCGACGUCCUCCGAGGGCGACGAGGACGAGUCCUCCUCAGAGGAGACGUCGACGAGCGGCGAGCACCUGGCACAUCAAGCGAUGGCGCCACAGUGGACGUCCCCGAAGAAGAUGCACAGGAAGCUGUACGCCCUUCCCGCAGGCAAGACGGUGACGUUCCGGUGCGCUGCCACAGGAAGUCCGCCGCUGCGUCUGCGCUGGUACAGGAGCGGCAAAGAUGUCCGCCAAGAUCAAAGACUUGGCGGCUACAAGAUCAAAGACCACGCGUGGGCGCUCACCUUGGAGUCGCUGGUGCUGUCCGACAGCGGCAACUACACGUGCGCGGUGGAGAACCCUCACGGCGCCAUCCGGCACACGUACCGCCUGGACGUCAUCGAGCGCGUCUCCUACAGGCCCCUCCUCCAGGCCGGCCUGCCAGCCAAUCAGACGGCGCUGGUCGGCAGCGACGUGCGCUUUGCGUGUCGCGUGUUUAGCGACUUGCAGCCUCACGUGCAGUGGGUGAAAUACGUUCGCCCGCCCGGCGAACGCCCCAGCAGCCUCGUGGUCAAGACGGGGCACAUCAACAGCACCAAAGAAGACAUGGAGGUUCUGACUCUGAGGAACGUGAGCGCCGACGACGCCGGCGAGUACGCGUGUGUGGCGAAAAACUACAACGGCGUCUCGCAACACUCGGCUUGGCUCACUGUGCUCAAAGAUCCGCCUCCUACCCCACCCACCUCCCACAACUACCUGCAGAUGUUCAUCUACUGUCUCGGAUUCUUCAUCGCCCUCACCCUCACCUUCACAGCCGUCGUCUAUAAGCUUUGCUCCGCCCCCAGGAAGAGUGCAGUCAGCAGUCAGCUGGCGGUCCACAAACUCGCCAAGAGCAUGGCUCUGAAGAGACAGGUGUCCCUGCCAUCACCCGGACAGUCCAAGAUGUCUCGGUCCGCCACGGGCCAGAUUCCGUACGACCCUCAGUGGGAACUUCCUCGCGACAGGCUGGCGCUGGGCAAACCGCUGGGGGAGGGCUGCUUCGGACAGGUGGCCUUGGCGGAGAUCACCGGCAUGGACGAGGACCGGCCGGCAUGCGUCACCAAGGUGGCGGUGAAGACGCUGAAAGCGGACGCCGGUGAGAAGGACCUGCUGGACCUCAUCUCGGAGUUGGAAAUGAUGAAGAUGAUCGGACGCCACAAGAACAUCAUCAACCUGAUCGGCGCCUGCACGCGUGACGGCCCACUCUUCGUGGUGGUGGAGUACGCUGCGCGCGGGAACCUCAGAGAGCAUCUACGCGCGAGCCGGCCGCCCGAGUCCGGGUACUCGGGGCAGGCGGUGCCGGGUGGCGUGGAGCUACGAGAGCUGGUGUCGGCGGCGUACCAGGUCGCCCGAGGGAUGUCCUACCUGGCAUCCAAGAAGUGCGUCCACCGAGACCUGGCGGCCCGCAACGUGCUUGUCACCCACGACUACGUGAUGAAGAUCGCCGACUUUGGCCUGGCCAGGGACGUGCACCACGUGGACUACUACAAGAAGACCACCAACGGUCCUUUGCCCGUCAAGUGGAUGGCGCCCGAAGCGUUGUUUGACCGCGUCUACACGCACCAAAGCGACGUGUGGUCUUACGGUGUCCUGCUGUGGGAGAUUUUCACCCUGGGAGGUUGUCCUUAUCCCGGCGUUCCGGUGGAGGAAGUCUUCAAGCUGCUGAAGGAAGGUCACCGCAUGGAGAAGCCGCCAGCGUGCACGCAGGAGAUGUGA